AUGAGAAACAUCUUCAAGAGGAACCAGGAGCCCAUCGUGGCCCCUGCCACCACCACUGCCACCAUGCCUGUCAGACCUGCCGACAACUCCACAGAGAGUACAGGCACCGGAGAGAGCCAAGAAGACAUGUUCGCCAAGCUGAAGGACAAAUUCUUCAAUGAGAUCAACAAGAUCCCCUUGCCACCCUGGGCUCUGAUCGCCAUGGCUGUGGUUGCCGGUCUCCUGUUGCUCACCUGCUGUGUCUGCAUCUGCAAGAAGUGUUGCUGCAAGAAGAAAAAAAACAAGAAGGAGAAGGGCAAGGGCAUGAAGAAUGCCAUGAACAUGAAGGACAUGAAAGGGGGACAGGAUGAUGAUGAUGCAGAGACAGGCCUGACUGAAGGAGAAGGUGAAGGCGAGGAAGAGAAGGAGCCAGAGAACCUGGGCAAAUUGCAGUUUUCUCUGGACUAUGAUUUCCAAGCCAACCAGCUCACCGUGGGUGUCCUGCAAGCUGCUGAACUCCCUGCCCUGGACAUGGGUGGCACUUCAGACCCGUAUGUCAAAGUCUUCCUCCUCCCAGACAAGAAGAAGAAAUAUGAGACCAAGGUGCACCGGAAGACACUGAACCCUGCCUUCAACGAGACCUUCACUUUCAAGGUGCCAUACCAGGAAUUAGGAGGCAAAACCCUGGUGAUGGCCAUCUAUGACUUUGAUCGAUUCUCUAAGCAUGACAUUAUUGGAGAGGUGAAGGUGCCCAUGAACACCGUGGACCUUGGCCAGCCCAUUGAAGAGUGGAGAGACCUACAAGGCGGGGAGAAAGAAGAGCCAGAGAAACUGGGUGACAUCUGUACCUCCUUGCGCUACGUGCCCACUGCUGGGAAGCUCACAGUCUGUAUCCUGGAGGCCAAGAACCUCAAGAAGAUGGAUGUGGGGGGCCUUUCAGACCCCUAUGUGAAGAUCCACCUGAUGCAGAAUGGCAAGAGACUCAAGAAGAAGAAGACAACAGUGAAGAAGAAGACCCUGAACCCCUACUUCAAUGAGUCCUUCAGCUUUGAGAUCCCCUUUGAGCAGAUUCAGAAAGUCCAGGUGGUUGUCACUGUGCUAGACUAUGACAAGCUGGGCAAGAACGAAGCCAUCGGCAAGAUCUUUGUGGGCAGCAACGCCACAGGCACGGAGCUGCGGCACUGGUCUGACAUGCUGGCCAACCCUCGGAGGCCCAUUGCCCAGUGGCACUCUCUUAAGCCCGAGGAGGAAGUGGAUGCACUCCUAGGCAAGAACAAGUAG